CUGGAGACCCACGUGUAUAGGUUACCCCACCAAAUCCAGGGCAAAUUUCCCCCUUUAAUCCACCUCACCUCUUCUUUCUCCUCCUCUCUUCUUUCAAACCUAAUACUAACUUUACCCAAACAAGAAGCAAGAAAUGGUAUCAGACACAGAGCUCAUCGGGCGGCUACGUGAAUUCCUAAGCACGUCAGACCUCACAACCACCACCACCGCUACCGUUAGGCGUAAACUCGAAGAGGAUUUCGGUAUUGAUUUGUCUGAUAAAAAAGGGUUUAUUAGAGAACAAGUUGAUCUUUACCUUGAAACUCAGUUUCAAAUUGACAAUGAAAAUAAUGAUGAAGAAAAUAAUGAUGAUGGACAAGUUAAAUCGGAAGUGAGUGAUGAGGAAGAAGAGGAGGAAGAGGAAGUUGUUGUUAAAGUAAAACGAAGAAGUUCUAAGAAAAAGGCUGUGAAGAAGAAUGAAAAUGUUAAAAGGAAAGCUGGUGGAUUUACCAAAGUAUGUAGCCUUUCUCCACAACUUCAGAAAUUUACUGGGGAAGCAGAACUUGCAAGGACUGAGGUGGUGAAGAGGAUGUGGAACUAUAUUCGUGAAAAUAAUUUGCAAGACCCAUCAAAUAGGCGGAAUAUAAACUGUGAUGACACAUUGCGCGAGCUUUUUGAUGUGGAUACCAUAGACAUGUUCCAAAUGAACAAGGCCCUGGCAAAGCAUAUCUGGGCUUUGGAUUCUGAUGCUUCCACAAUAACAACUUCUGGUUCGGUAAAUUCUACUGCAAAGGAAAAAAGUUCUACUUCUACAACAAAGAAAAAGCGGCAGAAGCAAGAGGAGGAUGAAGAUUCAGAUGAGCCAAAGAGAAAGGAAAAGCGGCAGAACUCUGGAAUUCUUGCUCCCAUCAAGCUUUCUGAUGCCUUAAUAAAGUUCCUCGGUACUGGAGAGAGUGAACUGCCUCGAUCCAAUGUUGUUAAGAAAAUUUGGGAAUACAUUAAGCAGAAUGACUUGCAGGAUCCGUCUGAUAAGAGGAAGAUAAUAUGUGAUGAGAAGUUGAAAGAACUGUUUCAUGUUGAUACCUUCUUGGGAUUUGGAGUAAUGAAACUACUUACUGCGCAUUUUAUUAAGGCAGAACGGUGAUAUGGUGGUCUUCAUUUCGCAAAAAGCUCAAUGGCUUCAGAAUUUUGCUUUAAGUUUGAAGCUAGAUACUAACAUCUUUGUUAUCUUUUCUGUUGUAUAUGUUUUUGGACACUACUGGACUACUGUGAACCACUUUAGGAGAAGGGGACACUAUUCUAAGUUGAUUCACGUGUCUUCUCCUAUGCGAAUAUAGAACUCGUUUUGCUCAAACUGAUUAACUUAGGAAUUGUACUUUGAUGAAAAUUGUGAAUACUCAUGUUGUUUUCAUGUAUUUUUUCUGUCUCUGUUCUGCAAAUAUAAAAGGACGUAUCAGGUAGCAGGAAUGAUUUUCAACA